AUGGGAAAUUGUGAAUGCUCCAAUCGACAAAGACGAGGCUUACAGAAUUUUGAAGAUAAUAUCCGCAAUAAAGCUAAACAACAUAACAUUUCUCAACCGGUUAUCUUUGAUACAGUUGGUUUUAUUUUAAUUGAUUAUAUCAAAAAAUUUUACCUCUCAGCACACCCCAUAAAGGUGACCCUUAGGUGGAGCACGCGCAGGAGCUGAGUCAAGGAAGAGCAAGGCAACGCAGUCCGUCGAAGCCGAACGCUGUAUUUGUCCCCUGCCCUGGUGUAAAGUGAAUCGAUCCAGAGGUUUAUGGGCCCAACACGUGGAUAAAUAUGGUAGCAGCCCUGGAAACGGCUACCCUGUAGUGGACGUUAAGCGAUAUGGAUAAUUAAGUAAGUAAGAUUAUACCAAAAAAACAUUCGGGAUGGGAUCAAUCGAAGAUCUAAUUCUUCUAAAAAUAAAUAUAAUAAUUAUUAAAAUUAAGAAAAAAAUAAUUUUUUUAAAAAAAAAAUUAAAUAAAAAAGGUUAAGGAAAAAAAUCGAGAAUUAUAAAAUUAAUGACGUGAGAUGUUGCCGAGACAUCUCACAAGCUCCCAAAAAAGGGAAAAAAAGUGCAGACACUGCUUCCUUUGUAGAAAUAAUGGGAUUUUAUGAUUUUUACGAGCAAAGAAGUGACUUGACCAUGAUUGUCGAGCUAGUGUCGAGCGGCUUUAAAAUAGAAAUUGGCGAAGAAAACGUCAUAAAAGCUUUAAAUUAUGAUAAAAAUCCUCGGGUUGAGUACUUGUAUAUUCCUAAUGACUCAGAUUUAGAAAAUUGUACCAAAGGAUUUCAUGAAGUAAUAGAAUGGGUGUAUGAAAAAAGUGAAGAAAAUUGGAAUACAGUGGAUGUGACACCUCCUGAGGACGAAAAUCUGUCAAAGAAUUUAUAUGAUUAUAUUGUAAGUUUUUACAAAUAA